AGUAUGAGUAUGUUUGAUACAGCUAACAGCUAGAUGAGGAACUGAGUAUAUUAUAUGGAGCCAACACACAUCAUUCGCCCACAGAGACAAGUUAGCUCAAUGGAAACAAAACUUGUUCUUUGACAAUUGCCAACACUUUUAAAAGUUGCAAAGCUCAGUAUUCCGUCAAGUUCGCUCAAGUUGGGAUCGGUGUCGUGCUGGAAGUGGUGGUCAAUUUAAGAGUAGUUGGUGCAAUUGAAGUUCUGUUCAUUAUAAUUAGUAACUUAUUCGUUUUUAAUUAAUUUCUUUCAAUUUUCAUAUUAUCGGUUUCCUACGAAUUCUUUGGGUCGAGCCCAGUUUCAUUUUUUAUAAAACUUCAUAUCUGUUUUUAUAAUUGAGCCGACAUUCAACUUUUCAUCUUGUCAGUGUUGUUGACAUUACCUUUCAAGUUUUGUUUUUGAUUGGACAUCAACUAGGAUUGAACAAUGAUUGAGGUAGACACAACUGAACUGGACUUAUUCAACUCACAGGAUCAAAUGCAAAAUGGCAUAGUCACUGAUAAUGGACUUCGUUCAGUGAAAGGCAUCAAGUUCAAAGAGGAAAUUAUCUCCGAUGUUGUCAAUUAUACAACUAAGAGACACUUUGGAGUCCAGCCUUGCUCGAGCAAUGAAUCAGAGCCGCCGCUCGGACCCCUGGUAUUGUUCACCUUCAUCGCUCCAACAAGGACAGAGAAAAUAGAUUCAACUUACAAGGAUCUCCACCAUGCUUUGAAAGCUGCAUUGCAGUCCAAUAAGCUCCAAAAUGGUCUGCUUUUGGAUACCAGGGAGAAAGGAGUACUGUUUCCAGUGGUACAUUUUUCCGAAGACAGAGAGUCGUUGAAGACAUGUCUUUCAGAUGAACACACUUUGGGAGAAGACUUCGUUCUGCAUCAAGGUGUCUAUAGAGAAGUGAGAAGCAUCAAACCAGAGGGAUGCCAAAUACAAAAUGGAGGAUCACAUGUCAUUCCUUCGGCACACAUUGGCUACAUAUUACUUGGCUUCAAAAGCCUAGAUAAAAAUUUCGAUCAGGUAAUGGUGGAUAGCUGGAAAGACUGGACGGGAGCCCGCCAUAUCUACAUGUACCUGCCGGAUGAGUUGGGGUUGGCCAGAAUCAGUUUCUACCACAGAGAGGCGCCAGACAGUCUCAACAUGUUCAUGUACCUUGUACUAGUCGAGUGCCAUAAUAUCACCAAUAGGGAACGACAGAUUCGUCUAUUGGAUUUCGCCCAGAGAAUGCGGGUUGAGAGGAUGUCUGGGUAUAUCUCAGUGUAUGGACAAACUUCAAAUGAUUAGAUUUCAACAGAGGAGGAUAAUUCAAAGUCCAUUUCUUUUUCAUUAUCAACAAAACAGAGUGUAUAAUUUUAAUCAUCCGAAUAAUAGAGAAGAGUACUUUUAAAGAAAAGCUGUGUAAUAUGAACAGAAAAUUCAAAUGUCUAAAUAUCUUCUAAAAUAAUAUAAUAUAGAAAAAAAGCUUCAUGUGAAGUUGGUGCUGCUUGCCUUUUCUGUAAGUGUGUGUGUGAUGUGGUGUGCUGCUGAUUUUAUAAUCAUUUUUAAAAAAUUAUAAUUUUUAUAAUCAACCUAAAAUAAGGCUUGAAGUACUUUAUUGUUCAAGUUUGAUAACAAUUCAAUUUUUCAGAGAAGCUUAAUGGAGAUUAGGAUACUCUAAGUCUAAAGUCGUCCAAGAGCAGAGCUUAUAGUUCCUCUUCUAGUGCCUCUCAUAGAGAAUAAUGAAUGGCUUUUGCUCUUUAGAAUAUCAAAUAAAAUUCUCAUCUCAAUUCUAAAUUCAUAUCUAGAUUAGAACUUAAUUCUAUUCAUAUAAUUUUAUUUAUAUAAUUCUAUUCUUGAUCUUUUUUAUUCGAUAUUCUCCAAUAUUCUUAUGCAGUGGGACGUUUAAACUUACUACUAUAAGAAUUAGAGUACCGUAAUAAUUAUUAUCAGUCAUUGAAGAGAGUACGGUAUUGUAAAAUUGAUGUAUGCUUGAUAACUAUCCAGGUGAUAAUAUGAAACAAUAUUAGAAUAACACUUGAGUUACAAUAUCAAUGUAUCAAUUUUGAAACCGAUAGGUACAUAUUUCAGGUUGAAAAAUUGUUAUUUUUCAGUCAUCUUUGAAUAAUGUUUAAUAUUAUAUUAUUUUGAUGAUAUGAUAUAAAUUUAUAUUCAAUUAUUUUGAAUAAUUAUUUUUAUAUUCCACUAUAGCCUAUUUAUAUUCUAUAAUUGAGCAUUCAAAUAGCCCUAUUGGAUUACGUUAUUGAUAGAUAUUAUAUUUAUUUUAAGAUUUUUGAAUGAUCACUUCCUUGUUUCUGGAACAUUCCAGUUCAAUGAUUAUUGAGAAAAUUCAAUUCAUUACUUUAUAUAAUUAUCUAUUGUAUGAAUAAGUGAUAUAAUAAUGAGUUCUUCUUAUCCUUCCUUGUAAAUAACUGUAAUUAUAAGUACAGGCUUGUAUGAUGAUUUUAUAAUAAUUAUGAUUUUUUUUUCAUAAAAUAGAAUCAUAGUACACUUUAAAAUCAAUAAAAUAAAACAACAAUACAAAUUGUAUUCUAUAAAUACUGUACAAUAAUAUAAUUAUAUUUUAUAAAUACAAGAAAGUAGUCCUGAAUUCAUAGAUUUUGAAUGAUAUAAUUAUUUUAUCUGUGUUGGAAUAAUUACUAUCGCAAAAAUGGGGUUUUGAUAGUUUCAAAGGAUUACAGAUUUACUCAUUUUUGUUCGUCUGUAUUGAUUUAGGCUAUUCAAGAUUAUAAAACAGUCUUCUUGUAUGACAUAUUUAUAGAAAUUGACAUUCCAAUAGAUGAAAGUUGAUAUUACAUAAUGAAUCGAUGAAAUCGAUGAAUCGAGAGAAAUUCAUUCCAUAUAAUAUUAUAAGACAUACUAGACUUAAAGAUUUAUAGAAUAGCCAAAUUAAUAAAAACAUUAUAAAACUUUUAGUACCUACCUUUUUAUUAAAAUAUUUUUAAGUUCUAAAAAACAUUAUAAACGUUUCAAAAAUGUUUUAAUAAAAGGUUACUACAAGUUUCAUUUUGUUUUUAUUGAUUUGAAUAGAGAAACCUGUAUAAGUGAAGUGAUUUUAUAGAAUAGUCAAUAUAGUAGCUAACUUAUAUUUAUAUAGCUAUUCUCUGGUCCAUAGUAAUGUUGCACUGUUGACAGAAUUCAAAACUUAUGAUAAUAUGGGAAAUUACAUUUCUUAAGUUUCAAUGCAGGUUUUAGCAACAUAGGAAAGGGUUAUUAUGUUUUUUAUUGUAUUUUUAGUUGAUACACAUCAAAUUAAACUGAAUAAUAUAUUAAUUAAAAACAAUGAUUAUAAGAUUGAUUUUAUUGAACGAUGAUUGACUAGUAAAUUAAUUAUUAAUAUUUAUCUCCAUAUUUAUCUGAUACAUUUCAAAAUAGUGUUGAUCUUUCUGGUUCAAAACCUAUAGAAAAUUAUGUUUAUGACUCAUAAUAUCGCAUUAUUAUUUGACAUUAUAUAAGAAAUUUCAAUAGGCAUACUAUUCUCGGAAUGUUUAUUUCGUUUCAAUCUAACAAUAGAAUAAGAGACCCCAAAUCUAAUAUAAUAAUAAUUUUCAUCUAAUAACUAAUAUCUCCAAGUGGAUUGAACAAAGUGUUAUCGAAUAAUUCUUGUUGACCGAAUCUAAGAGAUUAUGCUAGCUCUCAGUAUUUCAAGAUCAAAAUAAAAAGAGUGUUAUUAAUUUUAGACAAAUUAUUAUAUUUUGUAUUCAUUGGAUUUUAAUAGGGAUACUUUUGAGACUAAUGAUCUCUUGGCUACAUAGAAAUGGUUAGAUGUAUAUUGUAUAAUAUUGCAAACUAUUUUCUAUUGUUCGUUUGUUGAUAAUAAUAGUUGUGAUAUUUUAUAAUAAUAAUGUAUGAUGCUAUUUCAAAA